AUUAGGCCUGUCUUGAGAAUAAUCGCUGUUUGUAUUCACGUAAACAAGAACAAUCACCAUGUCUUCGACCCCGACUGAAAAGGGAAAACCUGCAAAGAUCCCACGACCAAUGAACGCCUUUAUGAUUUUUGCAAGAGAGUAUCGCCCGAAGGUGAAGAAGGAACACCCGACAGAGGAGAAUCAUGUCAUCAGCAUCAGACUGGGAAAGCUGUGGGCAGCUCUGGGGGAGGUGGAGAAGGAUCACUACCAGGAACUGUCAAGAGAGGCUGUCAACGAGCACAGGAGGAAAUACCCAGACUACAGAUAUGAGCCAAAGCCAAAGAUCAAGAAGAAACGUCGUUAUGAUCAGUAUCUGUUAAUGGACAGACUGCGGACGGCUGCAGCAGAUGCUGCACGGGAACAGAAGGAGGAAGAGGAGGCAGCAAGAAACAUCAAAAUCUCAGCAUCUGCUGCAACACCUUCACCUGCAGCAGCAACCUACACCUCUUCCCGGUCUCCGUGGGGCACACACCCUUCCCUCCCCUCGCAUCUCCCGGCGACAGGACUCCCCCAGAACUAUUACUAUCCACAAGCCCCCAACAUCACCCCUGCCCACUCACAGCCAACCAAGCCAGCCUACCUCACUGGUCACUACAACCAGGGGGCUCCUCUGCCCUAUCAAUACACCGGCCCCUACACCCCUGUGGUGUCCCCAGGGGAUCUGGGACAGCCUCUAGACAUGACAGUCUGCAGCAACAUCAGACCAACAUCUGAAGGCACUGGUAAGGUGUACUGUGAGCUGACCACACCGUCCCAGAGAAGAACAGGGGAUGUGCCUGCUCACUGCAUCUACAACUGGCCAUCACAGGCCGCUACGGGCUACCACAGUCAUUGGUCAGAUGGUUACAGACUGGAGGCAGCUUCUCGAAGCCCCACAGAAGAACCUGGUCGAACAAUGUCCUACAUGGGGCCUGCUAUGUACAGCGAGAGACCAGCUUCCACCAGCCACACUUCAGCUGCUGCCCCGGGAACCUCCUCCAAGCCUGAUACCAGUAAGCCAGAUCUGGUGUGGAUACCUUGUGAGCCUGAGUUUGCCCGCAAAAUGGGAUGGCCUGUUGAUCCCAGCAUGCAACAUGGCACUCAAAGUCCCAGCAGUCAGUCCCAGAGAUCGCACAUACCCAUGUGAUGCCAGUGCUGGCUUUCAUCUGCCCCCAUACCCUCACUUGUAACGAUUCCGACAAAGACAUCGCUAUACAUUUAGUUAUGAAAAGUCUGUUCGAAAAGAAUUGUAAAUUGUUUAUCUUCCUUGAAAGGUGUUCUCAGGUCUUUGUUAUUAAUUUUUAACUAUAAUUAUGUGCAACAACUAAUUUCAAUUAAAAUCUUCUCUUUUUUCAAAUGUGUAUG